UCCCCCGCUGGGAGGCGCCCUUCUCCCAACCUGAUCUGCGACCAGACCCCGAGGCUGAAAUGUGACCCAGAAGAGGAGCCUGCAGGCGGCCGCAGACGCCCCUCCGUGCGGCCCAGGCUGAGCACCAGGACGGCAAGGGGGACCGGAGCCCCAUCGUUGGUGGAAGACACGCCCGGGGAAGAUGAAGGCCUGGCUGGUGCGAGGGGUGGCCCUCUGCCUCCUGCUGGGGCCUCUGGCUGGGACCAAGCCGGUGCAGGAGGAGGGAGACCCCUACGUCGAGCCACCGGCCAUGCCCUACUGGCCUUUCUCCACCUCGGACUUCUGGGACUACGUGCAGUACUUCCAGACCCUGGGGGCCUACCCCCAGAUCGAGGAUCUGGCCCGCACCUUCUUCGCUCACUUCCCCCUGGGGACCACCCUGGGGUUCCAUGUCCCCUAUCAGCAGGACUGAGCCCCAGCCGGGAUCCGCAGCUCAAUAAACUCACUUCGGACGCACACA